AAUUAUACAAUACAAAAUAAUCAUUUUUCAGUUGCUCUGUACAAAGAAAAACGAAGUUACAAAUAAAUAAAUUUCAAAAUGGUGGGAAGAUUUAUUACUUAACGCAUAAGCUAAAAAGCGCAAAAGCUUUUAAAUAAGGUAUUUAUGUGUAUUUUCUGGUGCUAGGGCGACGCUACAAUGCCACCCAGUUAUAGGAUCAGUUUUGAGCAGAGACUUUCGGAAAACGGAACCAGAUCACUCUUGUGGGAGCAAACAAACCUUAAAAUAUGACGCAUUAUGUACCGCACGACUACUUCUAUAAUGAAACAAAUGAUGCCUUAUCAACAAACAGUCGUCAAGCAAACAACAGCAAUAAUCCCUAUAGAGCAAAUGACAACUCAGAGUACUACGAUGAGUACAGUGAUCUAAGAAACCCACUAAGCCAACCACUAGGUUAUGGUAGCGAGCGGAUUUGGACCAGUGGGACAGAACUUACACAUGUAGAUAGCAGCUAUAAUAACGAUUAUGUAGAUUACUAUGGUAAGGAAGACCACAAGCAAGGUGUGAAAGGAGGAGCUGGAGAUACCGACAACUGGGAUGGAAAUAAUACGGUUAUCACAGCUGAAUAUGGCUUUGGAUAUGGAAAUCAAAAAUGUACCUCAACUAAAUUAUUGCCUUUGCUGCCGGCCAAUCAAAAUGAUAGUAGUAACGGUGCCGCUAACGGGGGCCCGUCGGUUCGCGGGGCCAUUGGAAUGGAUAUGGAGUUGGAUCUGGAUCUGGAUGUGGAUGUGGAUGUGGAAGAUUCGACAUACGAAGAAGAUCCGUCUGUGGGUGGCCUAGCCAUGACAUCACUAUGUAUGGCCCCACCUGUAGUGGCCACUGGGACCAGUACGUACGACGCAUUCGGACAAAUGGCAAGGCCGUACACCUCUAUGUUGCCCUUAGACUACAGUGAAUACCAGGAGAGCAACUACAAUGCUGACAGUCUGUCAACGUACAGCGAUACACCGCCAACCACGAGUACUAGUGCACAACAUAGAUUACAGCAGCAGCGUAAAAUUUCCCUGAUGAUGGCAAUGACAACGGCGUCUGUAAUAGCAUCUGGUGAGACUAGAGUGCCAGUUCAGAACUCUAGUAAAACAGAGGAGCGAACUACAACUACGGAGUCUCUACUAGGCGCCAGUACUAGUGCUAGUACCAAUACCAGCACCAGCACCAGCAGCAGUACCAAUGCCACUGCAAUAGCUUCAGGAUGGUGGUCAGAGUCAAAGUUCUGCAGUGGGGAAGUUCUUACUAGUGCUCCCAUCGCUGCUAUGACGAUGACAUCGACGACAACUAGAAAAUUGCCAAAACUUCUACCAACGCCACAGUACAAAUCAUCAACAUUGUAUACAACCGCCACCUUAGCCUCAGAUGAAACAUCAGGUUCAGGUUCCUCAUUACAAUCUUCAGCAGCAAUCGCAGAGAAAAAUCAUCGUCCGAAGCAGCUCCCAAAGUUGCCAACUUCCCAAGUCCAGGCCAAAAAGCAUUCCAAGAUACUUCCUAAUUUAAACCCGUCGACUGCUCCUGCAUCAGUGGCAGUGGCAGUGGCAUCAUUACCAUUUAGUUCUUUAGACAAUACAUCAGCCUCUCGCUCAUCACCCGAAACUGAAACUGAAACGGAACGCUCAUCGAUGCUUACAACCACCAAUUUACUAAGCCACACAAGCCAAGCCCCGCUACCUUAUUAUGCCUUUCUUAGCAAGGAUCAGGAACCUAAUGAAGUAGAUGUGACACAGUCCCAAAACGAUAUGGUGCUGACAUCAUGGCCACUAUCACCCGCAGUACCCGCUGUAACCGCAGUACCCGCAGUACCCUUAGAACCCCAUCCCUGUCCGUCAAUGGAGCUUCCUUUCACUGCUGGUCCGAAGGUGCAAAUGCAAAUGCAGAUGCAGAUGUCGCCAAUGGCCAACACUCCUGAAAAAGAAUCGACUGAUUCUUAUAUGAAACUGAAAAUGGAGCCAUCAUUCAUAAGACCAGUGACGAGCUCAGAGAUUUCAGCUGCGUCCAUGAAGGAAACAUCCACCCACAUUAGCGAGCCCGAUGCAGCCAUUUUUGACAUAUCUGAAUAUCUAAAGCCUUAUACAUUAGAUACAAUUAGUUAUUCCAAAGAGCAUCAAGAAGAAGAUCAUAUCACCAUUGCUUUCAGCACCACCAAAACAAAAGAUUCCUCAUACGCCAGUGAAAAUCUCAAAAAUAAUGAUUUCUUUGAUUCAUUCAACCUAUCUGGGACAUCAUUGGACGCAUCCAUUCCAUCUUCUGUGGCGAGGAAUAGCUCCGUCAAUUAUCAAGCAGCUCAGCCUCAGGCUGAGCCUGCAGACCCGACUAUAACGCCACCACAACCGAUUAAAUCAAAUUUGAGUGACUCACCCUCACCCCUCUACACAUAUUCGCAUUUAUUCAGCAAACCGACCGAGACUACCAGAUUAGUAGAACAUGCAACCGAAGCAAUAUCCCCAACGAAAAAUUAUUCUCACGACAUAUUCACAACUACGAACUGUAGUCACAGUCACAGUCACAGUCAGAGUCAGAGUCUCAGCCACUCUGACGAUGUGUUCACAAAAACUGUUUUUGCAUCUAGUUCUGCAGUGAGGCCAAUUAUCACUAGCCGCGAAGCUUCAGCUUCGGCUUCACCUUCUCCAUCAACGUUAACGUUAACGCUAACUUCGACCUCAUCAACAGCUCCAAUAUUAUCCUACACCGAUUAUAUGAAGAAAUUUGAGUUGCCCGAACUGCCGCAACCCCUUCUGGAGAUUGGUAGCAGCAGCUCCCCUAUCAGUGCCACUGCAACUGGAACUGGAACUGAGGCCAAUCUUUCAGUGGCUGCCGAUGUCAUUGUUUCGACUGAAAAUACAGAAUUUGAAAUUAUAAAAACGGUCACAAGCUCAAGCACAAGCACAAGCAUAAGCAUAAGCACGCUUCCAUCGCAGUCUUAUUUGACCGAAUUUACAGCUCCUAAUUUUUACACUUAUAAGGAGUGCAGUUUUCCUGUUGCUUGCCAGGAGUCGGACACAGAUUUUGUAAUAUCGGGAGCUGUCGCAAGAAUUGACGAUUCGGACAAUGCAAUAACGUUAGCACCCACUGCCACCACAGAAUGUUCAGUAGACACUCAAUUUCGACGUAUCAUUGGCUUCGAGCCAGCGGAACCAUCCGAGCCAUCGGAGCCAUCGGUGUCCAUAGCUACUGAGUUUGAUGAUACCUUUUACGAUAGUUUCAAUGUCGAUCUAACAGUACUGACUGCCUCCAUAUCCCAUAUUGAGAGUGAAACCUGCUCAACUGCCGCGCCAAAGUCAAACCAGCCAAGCCAGUCAAACAAGGCAGAGAACAGCUUAUUAAUGGCCAUCGGGGAAGAGAGGGACACUUCUGUAAACAAGACCAAUGAAAAGGUGGAUCCCGUUGGCUUAACUGAACCAAACCAGAGCCUGAAUUCGGGUCAGGGUGGAUAUUAUAAGCCUGUCCACAAGUCACCUACGCCAGCGCAACAAAAGGCCAAAGUGGUUGCCUCAGCGGCAACGAGUGUGCUAGGGGGGCUUUCCAAGGGUCUCAAGGGGGGACUGGACGGCGUGUUUAGUGGUGUCAGCUCAACCGUGGAAGCAACACAGCAACAGACUAGUACAACCAGUAAAAAGGGUUUUGGAUUUGGCCUGGCAUCCAAGCUUGUGCCGAGUGUAGGUGGGUUGCUCUCUAGCGCCAGCUCCAGCUCUAGCUUCAGCUCCAGCAAGCAAACACAACAGGAGACAGGUGCAACUACUGCCUUACCAACGACCACAACAGCAAACGUUUCGGAUGUUAGUGCUGGC